GGCUGCAGCAAGGCAACAAGCCAACAACCAUCCCGCUCCUCCUCCCUCCGUCAGGCUGUCACUGUCCCCCUCACCGCCGCCGUCCUCGUCACCACACCUCACCCGUUGCUCCCACUCCUUCCAGAACCACCUCCUCGCCACCGUGGCUGCCUGCCCUGCCCGCUAUAAGACUCUUCACUCCCGCUGCGACGCAGUCCUCACAAGCACCAGACCAAUUAACUAGCUUCUUCUAGCUCUAGCUAGGCUCGUCUGCUGCAAGAAGGUAACAGCGCAGGCAUGGAGGGGAAGGAGGAGGACGUCCGCCUGGGCGCCAACAAGUUCUCGGAGCGCCAGCCCAUCGGCACGGCGGCGCAGGGCACGGACGACAAGGACUACAAGGAGCCCCCGCCGGCGCCGCUCUUCGAGCCCGGGGAGCUCAAGUCCUGGUCCUUCUACCGCGCCGGCAUCGCCGAGUUCGUCGCCACCUUCCUCUUCCUCUACAUCUCCAUCCUCACCGUCAUGGGCGUCUCCAAGUCCACCUCCAAGUGCGCCACCGUCGGCAUCCAGGGCAUCGCCUGGUCCUUCGGCGGCAUGAUCUUCGCCCUCGUCUACUGCACCGCCGGCAUCUCCGGCGGGCACAUCAACCCGGCGGUGACCUUCGGGCUGUUCCUGGCGAGGAAGUUGUCCCUCACCAGGGCGGUGUUUUACAUCAUCAUGCAGUGCCUGGGCGCCAUCUGCGGCGCGGGCGUCGUCAAGGGGUUCCAGCAGGGGCUGUACAUGGGCAACGGCGGCGGCGCCAACGUCGUGGCGCCCGGCUACACCAAGGGCGACGGCCUAGGCGCCGAGAUCGUCGGCACCUUCAUCCUCGUCUACACCGUCUUCUCCGCCACCGACGCCAAGAGGAACGCCAGGGACUCCCAUGUGCCGAUCCUCGCCCCUCUUCCAAUCGGGUUUGCCGUGUUCCUCGUCCACCUGGCCACCAUCCCUAUCACCGGCACCGGCAUCAACCCCGCGCGGAGCCUUGGCGCCGCCGUAAUUUACAACCAGCACCAUGCGUGGGCUGACCACUGGAUCUUCUGGGUCGGCCCCUUCAUCGGCGCUGCGCUGGCUGCCAUCUACCACCAGGUGAUCAUCAGGGCGAUCCCGUUCAAGAGUAGGUCUUAAAGGAGCCGAUGCUGCUGCUUCGAGAUGCUGCCGGUCUUGAAAGGAUGGAUUCGUGGCUGUUUCAAAUGAUCCCCUACUAUGUUACGUGGAGUUCCAUUCCUCUUUCAAAGUUCGGAGCUGCUUUUAUCCGAACCCAGACUUGUAAUUCAUCUGUACCAAUUGUGUAAUAUGCCGCGCCUCUGUUAUGUGCAAUUCAAAAUUAUGAGACAGCGAGUC